UACGUACAAGAAGAAGGGAAAUUCUGACGUCAACACGCUCGAGCAUGCCUACUACACUCCACAUAAACAAAGGCAGGACGCGGCUCUGCGAUAAUUUGUACUGUCUUUCUAUUCUAUAUACUAACAAUAUUAAAUAAAAUUGGAGCGGGCCUCAACUUUGGAGCCAUGGAAAACGCAUUACUGAUGCGAGUGAGUGUUUUUACCGACCAAGGAGGCAGGAAAUACAUGGAAGAUGUGACCGAGGUCAUAGUAGAGCCUGAGCCGGGAGAAAAUGAGCCGGCGACGGGUGACCCAGAGGAGAACAUUCGGAGAGACUACACGUUCAAUUCUUUGGCUGGGGACACUUAUCCCGACCGGGCCGAUAAAACCGUGGAGUCCCCGCAGGUUUUAAACGCAUCCAGUGAACUCGUACAAACAGAAGAUGAGGGUAUAUCGGUAGAAACGCCGUCACCAGGAGAUCUAAGCACGCCGCAAGUUCAGCCGAACACCCCGACUUGUUCCCGCCGUUCCGUAGCAUUCUUCGCCGUUUUUGAUGGUCACGGGGGUCGCGAGGCUGCGCAGUUUGCGCGAGACUAUCUUUGGGAGUUCAUGAAGAAACAGCGGGGAUUCUGGUCAGACUGUGACCGGGAGGUCUGCUCUGCCAUACGCAAAGGGUUUGUAGCAUGCCACCAUGCUAUGUGGAAGAAACUGCCUGAAUGGCCAAAGACACUUACAGGCCUUCCUAGUACAUCAGGUACCACAGCCAGUGUAGUGGUGCUCAGAGGAAACCGCAUGUAUGUCGCCCAUGUUGGGGACUCUGCGGUGGUUCUAGGUGUCCAGGAUGACCCUUCAGUCCCAUUCAUCAGAGCUGUGGAAGUCACGCAGGACCAUAAACCAGAACUUCCCAAAGAGAGGGAGCGUAUUGAAGGUCUAGGAGGAAGCGUGAUCAAGAAGUCUGGGGUGAAUCGGGUGGUGUGGAAGAGGCCAAGACUCAGCCACAAUGGUCCAGUCCGUCGUAGUACUGUGAUCGACCAGAUACCAUUCUUGGCAGUAGCUCGAGCUUUAGGCGAUCUAUGGAGUUACGACUUCUACAGUGGAGAGUUUGUGGUUUCUCCAGAGCCUGACACUAGUGUGGUGGUUCUUGACCCUAAAAAACAUCGCUACAUCAUCCUGGGCAGCGAUGGUCUGUGGAAUAUGGUUCCUCCUCAAGAGGCCAUCUCCAUGUGUCAGAAUAAUGACGAGGAAAUGGCACCAUGUGGGGUCUCGAGUGCCAGGCAGCUGGUCAGUCAUGCUUUGCUGCGGUGGCGCCAGCGGAUGUUGCGUGCAGACAAUACAAGCGCCAUAGUAAUUGCCCUGCAAGAGCCUGGGACCUGCCAGGACACCCUGCACCAUGAGGAAGUGCUGCUAGACCUAGCCAAGGUGUCUCAGUGUCCCCCCACCUCCAUAUCUCGCGCAGACACUCCUCUUGUUCAGCGACUUCCAGAGGAGGACUCUCCCGCGGCCACAUGUGAGCUCUUCUCUGCGUUGGAGCGACGAGAUGGGCUAUCGGGAAGCAACAGCUUUUAUCACAUGGAUCUAUCUGACCCCUUUGCUCUGACUCCGCUGUGUUCAAACGGCAGCCCCGAGCUGCCCGCCCUGUCCAGUGCAACGGACAGGACAGCUGGCAGCAGGACACCCACCAGAAAAAGAACUAUUGACGUGUCAUCAAGCCCAUCGGGCCUGCUGGCAAAGAAAGCCCGGCGCAGGACUGCCGAAAGACCGCCACUGGUGCAACACAACGCAGAGAAGAAACAGAAAGACACCAAUAAUGUCUCCUCCAUUCUCCAGCAGCAUAAAAGUACCACAGUAUGUGUGUGCUAAAACACACACACACCUGCUCCCUCCCACUGUCACCGUCAUUUGCAGUGGUGCUUCUGUUCCAUAAGUUUGCAGCUUCCUCCUGCAUAUUGUUACGACUCUAAGCAACUGUCCUACGGAGGGAAGACUCACUGCUCACCACUCAAACAGUCGACACUUAUAAAAAGUUUGUUUUGGAUGAAUUUUGUGUCUUUGUUUUUAAAUUCCUUCCUGAAAUGCUGAUGAAAUGUGUCUUAUGUCACCUCAGUUUCUAGUAACAAUUGUAAGCAUUAAAUAAUGUUGCUGGUGUAAAAUCUUAUGCAUUUUAUAGCAAGUAUUGAAAAGUCAGUUGAAUUGUUCAUUUAGAACAAAUAUAUAUAUUUUUCUACUUUCUUUUAUUGUAUGAUGAUCUUAGAGUAAUAUUCCUUUUAGAUGUGCUUCACCUUUUCUUUCUUCUCCAACUCAUCACUCUGUCAACAAAAUUGUGUGCGCACUCUGUGUUAAACAUAUUUAUGUAUUAUUAUCAGUUUAUUUAAUCACUGGAGACUUACCUUGAAUAUAAACUGAAGGUGCUGCUACCAUCACAGACCAGUAAGCUACUACAUUGUGUGUGUUGCUAUAUAAAUACAUGUAAUGUUUGCAAGUAUCAUGUUUUCUCAUUUGCCAUAAUGCACCCCCACCCUGUGAGGUUUCUAAUAGUUGUUAAUUGCACAGUGCAUCUUAAGGGAUAGGUGCAUCCCCUCGAUUAUGUUUUUAAUGUUUGUUGUUUGGUGUCUUCACUUCCCUGAGCCUGCUUCCUACACCUGGUAUAAGUUCUCAGAAAAAGCUUUUUGGCAGCCCUUUGCUUCUGUACAUGUGUCUAUAAUAGUGAACUUCUCUCUGUGUGAACACCCUGGUGGCCCUAAAGGAAAUCUUCUUCAAUUGUGAGGCACUGCAAACAAUGUUUACAAGUAACAUUUACUGAGCUAUUUCAUGCUGCCAGCCUUUCACUGUGCACGAACCUUCCCCUGCAGAGAAGAAACUGUCAUGCUCCCCCAGUUCAUCCUGCCACUUCGUUUUAUCUCAUUUGCAACACAACACCACCACCUGCACCACCUGUUUCUUUAAUACUCGCCUUCCUACGAGCUGUUGUCCCACCAUGCUGCAGCGCAAGUUGUAUAGUUACCAAUGUAUGCACAAGGCUCAUCUGUGAUUAAAUACACUCUGCAUGGA